AUGGCAGCCGACAACCCGUCAAAACCGGCCCCAGCCCCAGGGGCUACAACCCAACAGCUUCCUGUCCGAUCAAGUUCCACGUCCAACCCCUCCUCACAGCGUGAGGAUGGAGCGGCAUUCGACAUCGUGCGCACCUAUCGCGACCUCCUCAACUCAGACCGUGAACUUACGAUGGGCGUCGCUGCCAUUGAGUCCCUCAUCGAACUUCUCCGGGCCACUUCGUCUUCGACUGCCAUGGAGCUAGUCGAGAUUGUUAAGAAAGAAAAAGCCAAGCUCCUCGCCUCGGCACCCAACCCACUCCCACUGCUCGCCGGCGCCGACCUGUUCGAGCAAUACCUGCUGCGCUCGCUUAGAGGGCCGACCGCAACAACCACGGCGAGCGGCUCCGACCGCGUGCUCAGCUUCGAGGAGACGCGCCAGCACCUGCUCGACAACAAAGACCUCUUUGCCCAGCGCGCCAAGGCCGAUCGGGAUAGCAUCGCCAUUUGGGGCAGCCGGUACGUGUCGGACGGCUGCGUGGUGCUCACGGCCGGCGGCAGCCGGACGGUGACUAAGAUCCUGCUCCGGGCGGCGGCCGACCACAGCAAGCACUUCAAGGUGAUCUACAUCGUGGACGGGCACAACAAGCGCAGCGACGUGGCCGUGGGGCAGCUGCGCGAGGCCGGGCUCGAGGUCGAGACCAUCUCGCCGCACAAGGCGGCCUACGUGCUGGGGAACCAGAAGCAGAUCAACCUGGUGCUGGUGGGCACCGAGGUGGUGAUGCAGAACGGCGGCAUCAUCUCGGGCAUGGGCACGGCGCAGCUCGCGCACCUGACCAAGACGGUCAAGGGCGGCAUCAAGCGCUUCUACGUCGCCGCCGAGACCCACAAGAUCUGCCGCAAGACCCCGAUCGCCUACCCCAUGGUCAACCGCGUCGGCAUCCGCCAGAAGGACAUCAGCAAGUUCGACAACGUCGGCGCCGAGCCCGACCCGGGCGACGACGCGGACCCGGACGUCGUCGGCAUGGUCGCCGAGCAGGACGAGGUCGACUACACCGACCCGGAGCUCAUCGACGGCAUCAUCACCGAGCAGGGCGUCAAGAUGACGUCCCAGAUUUGGGAGAUGGUGGAUAACUACAUCUGA